UGCUCCAUCAUUGGUGUCAGUGGGAGGAAUAGUGCCCCAUCAUUGGUGUCAGUGGGAAGAAUUCGUGCCCCAUUAUUAGUGUCAGUGGGAGGAAUAGUGCCCCAUCAUUGGUGUCAGUGGGAAGAAACGUGCCCCAUCAUUGGUGUCAGUGGGAAGAAACGUGCCCCAUCAUUGGUGUCAGUGGGAGGAAUAGUGCCCCAUCAUUGGUGUCAGUGGGAAGAAUCAUGCCCCAUUAUUGGUGUCAGUGGGAGGAAUAGUACCCCAUUAUUGGUGUCAGUUCGAGGAAUAGUGCCCCAUCAUUGGUGUCAGUGGGAGGAAUAGUGCCCCAUUAUUGGUGUCAGUGGGAAGAAUAGUGCCCCAUCUUUAGUGUCAGUGGGAGGAAUAG